UUAGCCCUGGUAAUGACUUGCCUUGACGACCCACCAAGUUCACGACAGAAAUAUUAAGAAAGUCGAAAUGACAUGAGGUAGCACACACUCUACAAGCACUCAAUCCAAGAUGUCUGGUGAACCGGUUUACAUUCUUCGCGCGACAGCCAUCGUUGGCUGUGCGAUUUCGCUGUUUUUCUGUUUUCUUUCAAUGGUUGCUUUUCUCUGGUUCAGACCGCAGACCGAGUCAAUGAUGAUUAAGAAGCAUCUUACUAUCGCACUGGCAUCGACUCAAUUGAUUUUCCUGAURUCAAUCGAAGGAUAUAAAAUCCGGGAGGGCUGUCUGAUAUUGUCGGUUUUAAUGCACUUCACCGCCAUUGCGUGUUUUUCGUGGUGUGCCUUGGACGCUCUUGGGUUGUAUUUCUUUCAUGCCAACACCUUUCCUGUGAUACGAAACACCAACUUCUAUUUCCUAACUGGAUGGGGUUCACCAAUUAUCGUGAUUAUACUAACGAUGCUAAUUGGAUUUCUUGAUAAAACAAGACCGAAAACGAUCUCCCUGUACACUUGCUGGUCAUCUGAUAACGUCAUCUGGGCCUUUGUAGUUUCAUCUGUUGUGAUCGCUAUGGUUAAUAUCUUAAUACUGGUUAUAAUUCUAAAGCAACUCAGACAUCCAUCCUACGAUAUUUCGCCAAAAGCAGCYAUUGAGAAGCGUGGGACAAGGUAUGGACUGCGAACGAAUUCCUUGAUGCUUCUUGGUUUGUGCCUUGGAUGGACUUUUACAAUCUUGUCAUUUAAAGAAGGAAGCAAUCUACGAUAUCAAUUAACGUUUGGUCUCAUUAAUGGACUCCAGGGGAUAUUCCUAUUCUUUUUCCACUGUCUAUUGAACUCAGAUCACGUAAAGGGAUAUUCUAGUGGGUCUAGACGAGGCUUAGAAGAAAGUGGYCGAAGCCCCACGAGCGAUAGUAUUCGAUCGAAGAGACAGGAAUUCCAGUCUGGGAGCAAUAAAAGCAGGAGUUCUAAUCGAAGUUCAAAGCUGGAGAACGUUCCAUUGAUAUCRGUCAGCAAUACAAGUAAACCUGCUGAGGAGAAAUCAGAGAGUGCACUCGACCAGUCACAAGAAAGCCCCCGAUUAAUCAAAAGUGAGAAUAUUCAAGUAAUAGAAAAGGACGAAACCAAUCGACGGCAGCCCGAUCUGGACCUCAUCCCACAGUUGCCAGGAAUGCCAGACACAAAUUUUGAUCAYCUUGAAUCUUUUAGUAAUAAAACACUUCAGAGUGGAGAUUUGAAAGGAGGCGGAAGAAGCAGAAGAAAAAGACCAAAAACAGCAGAGAACCAGCUACAGGUUUGYGACAAUAAAAUCGAAGUUGAGAGAAAAAGAAAAUCCAGUAGUGAGCCUGCGAUAUCAUCUGGGCAGUUCGAUAUUAUUAAAGGAAGUGAGCGUGCAGCUCGCCAAAUUCCCACAACUCUCGGUGAAUACUUGCCAUACGCUAAAGACAAGAAGAAAAGCCCAAGAACACACACUUCAGUGAACGAGUUAGAGAACCUUUUCUCAGGAUCAGAAUGCUUUGUUAAGCCCCACUGUUCCUCAUUGACAAGCAUACCCAGAAGAGAAAGGAAAAUAUCAAGYGAGGAAAAGCAUUGUAAAAGUUCAUCUACAACUGACACACGACAAAACAGGAAUCAGACAACAGACGAGGAAUCAUCAAGAACAGCAUCUCGUAAUACAAAUGAAACCAUUCUUUAGUCGGUAUUGGGCUACCUGUGGUUUAAGAGAUUAACCAUGAAAAUCUUGCCAAGACAACCAUGAAUCUCCAUUGUAAGAUAAAUAAUAAGAUGAUACUGGAAAACUGUCAUUAGAAAGUGUAAUUUGCUAUUUGACCUAGCUGAUGUGUAAAUACAGUCCUACUGUAAUAUUAUGAGGUAUAUAAUAGUGUAUAUACAAGGGGCAGCCAGCAGAAAUUCUUACAUACUUCUGUUACCAGAGGAACUGUUUUCAUGUAAAUAAAAUUGUUGAAAGA